UUAUUGGAUGUAUUUUUAAAAAGCAUUAUUGCUUUUGCAUGAAUCGUUGCCCUUUCUUCUUGUUUAUAUUUUCUGACUGAGCCGUGAAACUUGAGUGAAUCUCUGUCAAACAACUUCGUCACUACGCCUCUUUCACCAACAUGGCCCCCUAUAGACAGUUUCGAAGCAUGGCCAUGGUGUUCUUGCCAAUAUGUGCCUUAUUGACCAUCACAUACAUGGCCUUCAUAUCAUUCGAUACUAGCGGAUUUCAAAAUGACCAGGCUCAAAUAAUGAAGAUGCAAAAAGCCGUUGAAGACGAGCAAAAACCACUUACAACCACCGCCCUAGCCAAUAACACUACCAACGUCAAAGCAGCUUUUGUUGUUUUGGUCCGAAAUUCGGAACUCGAUGACCUACGAUCUGCCAUGCGUCAAAUGGAAGAUCGCUUCAAUCACCGGUACAACUACCCUUGGGUGUUUCUCAAUGAUGCUGAUUUCAGCGAGGAAUUCAAGGCCAAGACCAAAGGCAUCGCGAGCGGAAACACUUUUUAUGGCAAGGUGGACGAUACCAUGUGGGGAUACCCGGAGUGGAUCGAUCAGGACAAAGCCAGUGAUACUCGAGAAAACAUGAAGGAAGUGAUCUAUGGCGACAGUGAAAGUUAUCGCCAUAUGUGCAGAUUCCAGAGUGGAUUUUUCUUCCGUCAUCCUUUGAUGCUAGAGUAUGAUUAUUACUGGCGUGUCGAACCGGGUGUGGAAUUUUCGUGCAGCGUCGACUAUGAUCCAUUUGCUCUCAUGCAAGAAAAAGACAUGAAAUAUGGCUGGACCAUAUCGCUGAAGGAAUAUGAGGAAACCAUUCCUACCCUUUGGAACACGGCAAAGGAAUUUAUGCAAAAGUAUCCUCAACAUAUCGUACCAAAGGAUGACCCUGGAAGCUUAUUGAAGUGGGUCAGCGACGAUGAUGGUGAAACGUACAACCUCUGCCACUUUUGGUCAAAUUUCGAGAUUGGGUCCAUCAAGUGGCUUAACUCUCCAGCCUACUUGGAUUUCUUUAAUUACCUUGAUCAAAACGGAGGCUUCUUUUACGAAAGAUGGGGAGAUGCACCGGUCCAUAGCAUAGCAGCAGCUCUUCUGCUCAAGAAAGACGAAGUGCAUUGGUUUUAUGACCAUGGCUACUUCCACAACCCCUUCCGCCAAUGUCCGCGAGAACCAGCGUGGGUCGCUGAUGAAAAGUGCCUGUGCAACCCCGAAGACUCUUUUGACGAACACUGGUAUUCGUGCACACCAAAGUGGUUGGAGUUAACAGGAAAGAAGAGGACCGAUUACUUGGUGACGACACGCUCAUAGUUUUUUCUCCUUAACCCAAAAGUUUUUUUAAAA